AUGGCUUCACAGCCUGCCCCAUCCAGUAUUAUUGUUGGCUCUCAUGUUUGGGUGGAGGACCCAGACGAAGCUUGGUUAGAUGGGGAAGUGACGGAAGUUAAAGGGGAUGAUAUUAAAAUAAACAGCACAUCAGGGAAGACGAUUGUCGCCAAAUCAUCUAAUGUCUAUCCAAAGGACCCUGAAUUUCCUUCAUGCGGUGUUGAUGAUAUGACGAAGCUAGCAUAUUUGCAUGAACCUGGGGUUUUGCAGAAUUUAAGAUGCCGAUAUGAUAUCAAUGAAAUAUAUACCUACACAGGAAACAUUUUGAUUGCUGUAAAUCCUUUUCGAAGACUACCACAUUUAUACAGCAAUCACAUGAUGGAACAAUACAAAGGGGCAGCUUUUGGUGAGCUGAGCCCACAUCCAUUUGCUGUUGCAGAUGCUGCCUAUAGAAAUAUGAUCAAUGAGAAAAUAAGCCAAGCUAUUUUGGUAAGUGGGGAAAGUGGAGCUGGAAAAACAGAGAGUACGAAGAGUCUUAUGCGCUAUCUAGCCUAUAUGGGAGGGAAAGCUAGCAAGACAGAAGAACGCUCUGUGGAGCAGAAGGUCUUGGAGUCUAAUCCUGUCCUGGAAGCAUUUGGCAAUGCGAAGACUGUCAGAAACAAUAACUCAAGUCGCUUCGGCAAGUUUGUGGAAAUUCAAUUUGAUAAAAAGGGCCAAAUUUCUGGAGCUGCAAUAAGGACUUAUUUGCUAGAACGAUCUCGUGUUUGUCAAGUGUCUGAUCCAGAGAGAAACUAUCAUUGCUUUUAUAUGCUAUGUGCUGCACCGGCAGAGGAUAUUGAGAAGUACAAAUUGGGAAAUCCACGAACUUUUCAUUAUUUAAAACAGUCAAAUUGUUAUGAUCUGGAUGGCGUAGAUGAAUAUAAGGAGUAUCUCGCAACUAAGAGAGCUAUGGAUGUUGUCGGGAUCAGUCCGGAAGAGCAGGAUGCAAUAUUCCGAGUUGUGGCUGCAAUUCUUCAUUUAGGAAAUGUUGAGUUUGUAAAGGGUAAAGAAGUAGAUUCUUCUCAACCUAAGGAUGAUAAAUCUCGGUUCCAUCUAAAAACCGCAGCAGAACUAUUCAAGUGUAAUCUGAAGGCUCUUGAAGACUCUCUUGUUAAACGUGUUAUGGUGACUCGUGAUGAGAGCAUUACAAAAUCACUUGACCCUGAUACAGCAGCUCUCAGCAGAGAUGCUUUGGCAAAAAUUGUUUAUUCAAAAUUGUUUGACUGGCUUGUGGACAAGAUAAAUGUUUCUAUCGGUCAGGAUACUGCAUCAGAAUCGUUGAUCGGUGUUCUGGAUAUUUAUGGAUUUGAGAGUUUCAAGACAAACAGUUUUGAGCAAUUUUGCAUCAAUUUGACAAAUGAAAAGCUGCAGCAACAUUUUAAUCAGCAUGUUUUUAAGAUGGAGCAGGAAGAAUACAAGAAAGAAGAAAUUGACUGGAGUUAUAUAGAAUUUAUUGAUAAUCAAGAUAUUCUUGAUCUUAUUGAAAAGAAACCUGGUGGCAUCAUAGCUCUUCUUGAUGAGGCUUGUAUGUUUCCCAGAUCAACACACGAGACAUUUGCUCAAAAGCUUUAUCAGACUUUUAAAGACAAUAAACGCUUCAGUAAACCUAAGUUGUCACGCACUGACUUCACCAUUUAUCAUUAUGCUGGCGAGGUUACUUACCAGACCGAUCUCUUCCUGGAUAAGAACAAGGAUUAUGUUGUUUCAGAGCACCAAGCUCUGCUGCAUGCUUCAGAAUGCUCUUUUAUUUCAAGCUUGUUUCCUCCUCCACCUGAGGAAACUUCCAAAUCAUCAAAGUUCUCUUCAAUAGGUUCCUCCUUCAAGCAACAACUCCAAGCUUUGCUCGAGACUUUGAGUGCCACCGAACCACACUAUAUUCGUUGUGUGAAGCCAAAUAAUGAUCUUAAGCCGGCAAUAUUUGAGAACAAAAAUGUACUACAACAACUACGUUGCGGGGGAGUGAUGGAGGCAAUUCGAAUUAGUUGUGCUGGAUUUCCCUCUCGAAAGACGUUUCGUGAAUUUACAGCUCGGUUUUCCAUAUUGGCUCCAGAGAUUCUCUCUAAGAGUAAGAGUGGUAGCUACAAUGAGGUCACUGCUAGCAAGAAGAUUCUGGAGAAGAGUAAUCUCACUGGUUAUCAGAUCGGUAAAACGAAAGUUUUUCUCAGAGCUGGUCAGAUGGCUGAACUAGAUGCAUUGCGAGCUGAGGUUUUAGCAAAAGCAGCGAGUCUAAUACAGAGAAAAGUCCGAACGUUCUUGGCUCGUAAAUACUAUACAUUGUUGAAGUUAUCUUCCAUACAAAUUCAAGCCUUGUGUAGAGGAGUAACGGCGCGCCAUCUGUAUGAGGAAAUGAAAAGAGAAGCUGCUAGUGUGAAAAUUCAAAAACAUUCACGCAGGUUUCUUGCUAGGAAAGCCUACAAGAAAUUAUACUCCUCAUCUAUUUCUAUUCAAACAGGUAUGCGUGGGAUGGUUGCUCGUAGCGAGCUUCUAUUCAGAAGGCAGACAAAAGCUGCAACUAUAAUUCAGACUCGAUAUCGACGCUUCAUGGCCAGAUGUUAUUAUAAAAGGUUAAAGAAAGCAGCAAUUACCACACAAUGUGCCUGGAGAGCAAGAGUUGCACGUAGAGAAUUACGGAAGCUAAGAAUGGCCGCCAGGGAAACUGGUGCCCUCCAAGAAGCCAAAACUAAGCUGGAAAAGGAAGUUGAAGAACUCACAUGGCGCUUGCAGCUAGAGAAACGAACCAGGGUUGACCUUGAGGAAUCCAAAAAACAGGAAAGUGCCAGGUUUGAAUCUACUUUGAAGAAGAUGCAACUUGAGUUUGAGGAAUCCAAAAAACAGGAAAAUGCAAGAUUUGAAUCUACUUUGCAGAAGAUGCAACUUGAGUUUGAGGAAUCCAAAAAACAGGAAAGUGCAAGGUAUGAAUCUACUUUGCAGAAGAUGCAACUUGAGUUCGAGGAAUCUAAAAAACAGGAAAGUGAAAGGUUUGAAUCUACUAUGCACAAUAAGCAACUUGAGUUUGAGGAACUGCAAGUUGAGCUUCAGCAAACAAAGGAGUUACUAGAACAGGAAACUGAAAGGUUACAAUCCACUUUGCAAAAGAAGGAACUUGAACUUAGGCAAGCAAAAGAGUUACUAGUCGAGGAAAGUUCAAGGUUUGAAGCUGCUUUGGAGAAGAUGCAACUUGAGUUUGAGGGAUCCAAAAGACAGGAAUGUGCAAGGUAUGAGUUUACUUUGCAGAAUUUGGAACUUGAGCUUCUGCAAACAAAAGAGUUGCUAGAAAAGGAAAGUGCAAGGUUUGAAUCUACUAUGCAUAAGAAGCAACUUGAGUUUCAUGAACUACAACUUGAGCUUCAGCAAUCAAAAGAGUUACUAGAAAAGGAAAGUUCAAGGUUUGAAUCUACUAUGCAGAAGAAGGAACUUGAGUUUCAGGAACUGCAACUUGAACUUCAGCAAACAAAAGAGUUACAAGAACAGGAAAGUGCAAGGUUUGAAUCUACUAUAAAUGAAAAGCAACUUGAGUUUCAGGAACUGCAACUUCAGCUUCAGGAAACACAAGACUUGCUAGUUAAGGAACGUGAAGCUGCAAAGAACAUUGCUGAACAAGUUCCCGCGAUUAAGGAGAUCCCAGCUGUCGACAAUGAAUUGAUGAAUAAACUUACUGCUGAAAAUGAGCAGCUGAAGGAUCUGGUAAGUUCCUUGGAAGAGAAAAUUAAUGAAACAGAGAGAAAAUAUGAAGAAACAAACAAGCUUAGUGAAGAGCGGCUAAAGCAGGCUACGGAAGCAGAGUCGAAGAUAAUUGAGCUCAAAAUUGAAGUGCAGAGGCUCGAAGAAAAGAUUUUGGACAUGGGAACUGGGGUCAAGAAAUUGCAGAGUACACCUGCUAGAAUAAUGUCAGAGUCUCGGGAAAAUGGUCAUCAUGCACAACUUGGUUCCGGUACAUCAAAACAGUUUGGUAGGGAUGAUAGUAAAAUGAAGAGAUCCCAAACAGAAAAGCUUCAACAGGAGAGUGUAGAUGAUCUGAUCCAAUGUGUGGCGCAGAAUCUUGGGUUCAGUCAAGAAAAGCCAGUUGCAGCAUUUACCAUAUACAAAUGUCUUCUCCACUGGAAGUUAUUUGAAGCUGAAAAGACGAGUGUUUUUGAUCGUCUUAUUGAGAUGAUUGGAUCUGCACUAGUGGAUGAGGACAACACUGAUCACAUAGCUUAUUGGCUGUCAAACACAUCUUCAUUGCUGUUUUUGCUUCAACGUACUUUGAAAGCCGUUGGAGCACAGAAACCACCUGCUGCAGCAUCAUUGUUUGCAAGGAUGACCAAAAGUUUCCGUUCAUCUUCUGCCAAUCUUCAAGCUGGUAUAGUGACCCAGGUUGAGGCCAAGUAUCCAGCUCUUCUUUUUAAACAGCAGCUCUCCGCUUAUGUAGAAAAGAUCUACGGAAUAGUUAGAGACAACCUGAAAAAGGAAUUGUCACCUCUUAUUUCUCGUUGUAUUCAGGUACCUAGGAUGUCAAAAGGAGCUGCUUUUCCAACGUCCGAAGAACAGGGCUAUACAUCUCCAGCUAGUCACUGGAAGGCCAUUAUCGAGUGUCUGAACAGAAUGAUGAGCAUAUUAAAAGAAAACUUUGUGGCUCCAGUAUUCGUGCAGAAUAUUUUCACUCAAACUUUUGAAUAUAUUAACGUACAGCUCUUUAACAGCCUUCUUCUCCGUCGAGAGUGCUGCACAUUUAGCAACGGAGAGUAUGUGAAGUCUGGCUUAGCUGAACUGGAAAUCUGGUGUGCCGAAGCAGACCAUGAGUAUGUCGGCCCCGCAUGGGAUGAACUCAAACGCACAAGGCAAGCUGUUGGGUUCUUGGUUAUAAAUCAGAAAUCCAAAAUGACCUACGAAGAAAUAGCAAAUGACCUUUGCAAUGGCCUGAGCGUUCAACAACUCUAUAGGGUAUGCACGCUUUAUAGGGACGACAAAUACAACACUCAAAGUGUUUCACAAGAUGUCCUUUCCCGCAUGAAACAACUUAUGACCGAUGAGUCCGACGAUGGCAGCAACUCCUUCCUGUUGGAGGAUGAUCUGAGCAUUCCAUUCACAAUGGACGACAUCCAUAGUUCCCAACGAGUCAAAGAGUACGCACAAGUAAGAGCCGCCGAAGAACUUAUGGAGGAUCCAGCCUUCCAAUUUUUACAGGAUUAAGGUAUCAGUUCUACCAUCGCCA